UGACGUCACCACGCACCGUUUCCAAACAAUACUCAGGAAAAAGCCACGUUGACGAUCCAGACUGAAGUGUUGUCCACAACUGCAGGCAGAAUAAAGCAGGAAUUUAUUUGUCAGACUCUCUGGUUUCCUCCCGCUUCAGACUCCAGAUCGGAGCCGAGAUGUCAUCACCGCCGAAGGAGAAAGUCGAAACCAAAGGAGGACAUGCCCCUGCAGUGAAAGCAGGGGGUAUGAGGAUAGUGCAGAAGCACCAGUCAGCUGCUGUCCCAGAACCGCCACAGAAAGAUGACAACGAGGAGUAUGUCAGCAGCAGUCCACCAAAGGCCCCUGUGAUUGUGUCUGGAGUGGUUACAAAGGGUGAUAAGGACUUCACCCCGGCAGCUGCCCAGGUGGCCCACCAGAAGCCCCAGCCUUGUGUCCCCAAGCUGCCCUCUGCCCAUCACAUCAACCAGCACAUCCACCAGCCUCGCAAGUGAGCCAGGCAGCAGGCUACGACGGCUACGCUAACUCCAACAGCCGGCCUUCCCAAAGGAACACAUAGGAUGAAGGUGUUUCCCCACUAGACACAGAUCUCCUCUAAAUAAUCAGAGUAAUUUCUGUUAGCCUGUUGUGUUACAUGUGCAAAGGAAUUUGUCAGCAACAGGCACCUAAUGUCAGCCAUUGUAGAAGUCCCAUUCUUUAUACCCUUGCUGCACUGGUGCUGCACUAUUAGUUCUGCAACUUUGGGUUCUGUCCUCAAAAGGGACUGCUCUGACAGUUGUAUAGUCUUAAGAUGGUAUAAAUGGGCAGAGGGUCUUCUAAAAUGGCUAUCUUUAUUGGAUUAAAUUGAUUAGAAAUUGAUCUUAGAUCUGAGUCUGUGGGUGACACUCUCACUCCACCGAUGUGCUGACCAGUACCACAACACCGCAACCAGCCAAUCGCAGCAAUUUGUCACUCGGGCCACCUGACCAACCAAUCACCUCACAGUGAUGAGCCGAGGCCCAGCCUUCUACCUAUGAUCUUCACAGACCAAAAGAACCAAUCAACAAAUCAUGAGGCGGACACCAAUUUUACAUUAUCACCACAAACCAAAAAGAAGCAUCUACUAAAUUUCUAGAAUCAGUUUACUUUGAGUGUAUCACUGAGACUGCUGCCAAAAUGCUUGUGUACAGCAUGGGCCAGAGAAAGUAAAACUAGCCAUUUAUAUGAGAGCAUUAACUAAUUGUGUAAUACCAACAAAUUCAUCAAGGAUUCAAUAUGACCCUUUCUCCCAUAUCCCCUAGACAUGUAGAGAUUGAUUGGCCUGCAGUUGAAAUUUGUAAAUAUACUCACUCUAGAGAAGUAACUGGACAGGAGAAAAUAUGAUGCAAAACAUGACCAUUUUCUCUCUAAUAAUGGCUGUUAUUGCCUAAGUAGUUACUUGAUGCAUGACAUUGAUGUCAUGUUGGAUUGACAUCAAUGUCAUGCAUCAAGAUAGCCACCUACGGUUACAGCAGAAGUUAAUAUUGCUUUUUGGCCACAGCAAAACCUACUUAGCUUUUGCUACUACUUCCUCCUAUGUUACUGUUCCUAUCUUUAUUUGAAAGCCUUACUCUUCUCUGAUGCUGCUCUCCUGGCAAUGUUAACUCAUUUUAAUGAAAACUGAACCUGCGUCAUUGUAAAAAUUUCCCAGCAGUGUCUCAUUACUUAGAUUUCAAGAUGUUUUGCCUCAUUUGACUGACGUGGAUUUCCAUUUUAUUUGCUACACGCCAGAGCCAGCUGGAAUGAAAACGUAAUGAAAUCUAAAGGAAGCUAAUUACUGUGACGCAGCUGCAGGACGCUUUGUGUUUACAUUAAUAUUAACCUUAACAUCACAGGGGAGUAGUGUGCUUCAUUACCAGCUGAACAAAUCAGAGGAGCUCAGGAUAGUGAGGCUCUGAACUGUAAGAUGAAGGUAAAAACAUUAACAUAUUAGGAGAACAGUGAUUUCUACAUUCCAUAGAUAAGUGUUUGAACAAAUAUGUCAACCACGGUUUUAUCAGUGUAUAGAAAAUGUAACACAUUUAAUUCCUACAAGCCAGGGUAAUCUGCAGAUAUACUGCUCUCGGCAUAUCAGAGAUCUGAAAUCCACAUCAGCGUUUCCCCAGAAAUGAUACAUAUCAGCACACACAAACACACAGCACCCUUUUCCUUAAUCACCCGUCCCCUUACACUCAAGUGUCAUUUGUUGCAACACUAAUGUUCAGGUUUCCAGGAAAGAAAGAAAGAAAUUUACCUUGCCAAGAAUGAAUGAUCACCUAUGUUAAUUUAAUAAAGUUUAAAAGAGUUUUAUUUUUGUUCUUUUUCAUGAGUAAAUUGUUCAAACUGUACAAAUCUUUAGUCAUUGAGUGGACUUAGGUAUUAGGUUUGGUUGUCAUAGUAAAUAAAGGUAUAGACUAUCUUGAAAAAUG